AAUUUCCAAGAAAUUCCUGCACGCACCAAAUCAGAGUGACAAUAGAUUUUCAACGUUACAAUUAGAACCUUCAAAAUUAGCAUAAUCAUGACUUCUCGAGCAGUUGAUUUAUGGGCAGAACUCAUAGCUGGUGAACAAGACCAGUUUGAUCAUCCCUCUGAACAACCUCAAGAACCUAAUAUUGCCGUUGUAUAUCGACGACAAAAAACCAAUAGUAUUACUCCCAAAGAUGCUCAAGGGAGGGAAUCAACUUCAACUUCUGGUAAUGAAAAAAGGCUGAGUUUUCUACCUGUUAAACGAAUCAGUUGGAAUCGUUCCCUUUCCACCAGAGGGAGAACCAGCAUUGCUGCUGUGUGUGCCGAAUUACAUCCUCAACAAAAGAAGCCUGGACGAAAAGCAAAACCACCUCUUCCAAGGGGUAAAAAGGUUGAAGCUCCGAACUACGAUAAGGAGCGAGCAUAUUUUCAAGAAGUGGAUGAGUUUGAACUAAUGGUGGAAAGCCCCUCCCCAAACAAAUACAGUACAUGGACUGUGGGCAUCCAAACUGAUGAUAUCGUUAUAUCAUGCCUGUCCUCAGUAUUACAGAAAUGGUUGAUUUCAAAGAGACUUAACGAUAGCUAUGCACCCCCAGCUUCAUUAUCGAAGAUAUUAGAAACCCCAGCCUCACGCAAAGAAUCUGCUUAUGGAUUUAUUUGUGGAUCCUCAAAUUUGAAAACCCCAGAGAAAACAUCAUUGCGAAUUCCCUCUGGUUUGUACUCCACCCAGAAUAAACGCAUUGGUUCUACAAAUGAAAAUGUGUCCACAGGGAAGCCUUUAUCAGAAAGAGACAUUGGAGAAAUAUGUCCCAUGGAUGAGGAAGGUUGCAAAGAUAUCGAUGUAGCUGUUAGUAAACUAUCUCUAACUUCCAGGCCUUCUUCAGUGGAUGCUCACACUUGGGAUCCAUUUUUGGCUCUAUUGGCAGCAUGUGGACAGUCUGCUCCUUUAACACUAUUCGAGAUAUUAUAUAAGUAUUGUGAGACACAAACAAUUACCAAGGUUGGUGAAGGCACAUAUGGAGAGGCAUUUAAGGUUGGCGAAAAUGUCUGCAAAAUUGUCCCUUUUGAUGGAGAUUUUCGAGUAAAUGGAGAAAUUCAAAAGAAAUCAGAAGAAUUACUUGAGGAGGUCAUACUCUCUGGUACACUUAAUAGCUUAAGAGCUCAUGAGGGUCAUCUCCUGAAUUCCUGUUCCACCUUUAUACAGACAAUGGACAUGAGGGUGUGCCAAGGCCAUUAUGAUGCAUCUCUAUUGAAGGCAUGGGAAGACUGGGAUGGGAAGCAUGGUUCAGAAAAUGACCAUCCUAAGGAAUUUCCAGAAAAGCAGUGCUAUGUUGUGUUCGUUCAAGAACAUGGAGGAAAAGAUCUUGAAAGUUUUGUGCUUUUAAACUUUGACGAAGCCAGGAGUUUAUUGUCCCAGAUAACUCUUGCUUUGGCUGUGUCUGAGGCCGCAUAUGAAUUUGAACAUCGCGAUUUGCACUGGGGAAAUAUUCUAUUAAGUCGGAAAGGUUUAGAUACAGUGCAAUUCAGUCUCGAGGGAAGAGAUAUACAUGUCAGAACAUAUGGAUUAUCGGUUUCGAUAAUUGACUUCACUCUUUCAAGGAUAAAUACAGGCGAAGACAUACUCUUCCUGGAUCUGUCAUCAGACCCUGAACUCUUUGAAGGUCCGAAAGGAGAUAAACAGUCCGAUACAUACAGGAAAAUGAGAGAUGUCACCGGCGAAUUUUGGGAAGGAAGUUUCCCCAAGACAAAUGUGCUAUGGCUACAAUACUUGGUUGACAUACUGCUGCUAAAGAAAACAUACGAAAGGACCUCCAAAGAUGAGAGGGAUCUACGUUCUCUGAAAAAGCGCCUGAAUAGCUAUGGUUCAGCAAGAGAAGCAACAUCAGAUCCUUUCUUUUCUGACAUGUUCAUCAACCUCCACCAUUGACUGGCAAAACCCCCAAAGAAAAUAAGGUAUUUGCUGUGACUGUGCUCUUCUUCCAGGAAUCUGAAAGUGCACUUUCUGUAGGAGGUUUUUGUAUCAAGAAACCAACUUGGUUUCCCAUGACAAGCAUUAGAAACAUAAGUUGCUUCUUUUCGUUUUCUUCUUGUCUGCAUCUUAUUUCAUUUUUCUUCUGUGUCAUAUUUUGGAUUGUAAAUGUAACGUUAAGACCCUGUAGAACAUCUCAAAUAGUUGGGAUAUGAUAAGCAUCCCUCAUAAGACGUUGAAUUCGCGAGCUUGCCAAUUUUGGAAUAUUUAUGAUUUUCCCC